UUUACCUAAGCUUGAAAACUCGUGUGCAAUUCUCUAUAGGGCAAAAGAAACGAACUGCAACACCGUGACUGUCCCGCGUGGAGAAUGCAGGAGGAUACCGCAGAGGGUUCAGUGGGAGGGGAGAGCAUAGAUCAGGGGUAGAGGAGGCGCACGAGACAUCGACAGCAGUUCGGUCACAAUCAGCUUUAGGGAUGUAGUCGAUGCGGCCAGAGCUCCGUCUGUUCCGAGCUCAUCAAUAUGAAGAAACAUUCGGCCCGGGUCGCGCCGCUGUCCGCCUGUAACAGUCCGGUGCUCACCCUGACCAAAGUGAGAGGGGAGGACCGGCCGAGGGAGAACAUCGUGGGCACUGCCGAUGGACAGGCGAUGGUGGCGGAGCAGGGGCGGCAGUCAGGGGCAGGGAAGCAGAGAUUAAACCCCUGCUCCACCCAGCUGGCCCAAAGGCCUGACCUUCAAGCAGUAACGACGGCGACCGUUCCAGCUCUUACGUGGUUCGCCACCACGUGGAACUGCCUCUUCUUUCCUCUGUAUUACAUCGGCCAUCUGUGCAAGAGUCCUGAGAGACAGACGCCAAAACAGAGGUUUAGAGAGUGUUGUCGGUUCUUCGGGGACGAUGGACUGACGGCAAAGGUGUUCUUCACUAAAGUGGCCCCUUUCGGCCUACUGUGGAUUAUGACGAACUACCUUUACCUUCAGGCUCUGAGAAAGAUCAACAGCACCGAUGUAUCGGCCCUCUUCUGCUGUAACAAGGCCUUCGUCUUUCUCUUGUCCUGGAUCGUGCUGCGGGAUCGCUUCAUGGGCGUCAGGGUGAGUGAAUGAGUGGACGGAUGAAUGGAUUGUUGAAUAGAUGAAUAAAACUCUAAAUAUUGAUGAUUUUUUUCACAGUAAGUAAUCGCCAAAGUGAUAUAUCUAUCUGUGUAAUCCCAUGAGUCAGCAG